AUGAAACCUUCUGAAUCAUAAGAUUUGAGAAGGCUUCAGCGACCCUCAGUUUCAGCUAGUACAAAAACAAGACAACUAAGAAGGAAAAUAGAUGUUUCACAAUCAAUGAAUAAUCCCUAGAACCUCUAUGGAAUCUAUCAAAGAUAAAAUGAAAUGAUGCAAAAUCAAGGCGCCUGGUAGCAGUCUCAUUAAAAUCAUAGUACUGGGACUAUGUUUGCAAUGGACUCUGCCCAAAUGCAAAAAUCAAAUGUAACAUCAGGUGAAUAAUUAUAAACAGCCAAUUCACAAGCUCCUUAGAUAAAUCAAUUUUUCUCACCUUAAAAUCAAAAUUAUAUUGGAGGAAUCAAUGCAGCCCCUGGCUUUGUGCAAAAUUAGAUAUUCAUAAACUAUUUUAAUAACCCAUAGAAUCCCUAGAUAAUGCCAGUUAAUCAGCAAUAUUUCCCUUAAGGUUUCAAUCAAUAGUAGUCAACUGUUUUAAAGCCGAAUCCGUUUAGGAAAAGUGUCAGAAGUGCCAAUGUCAAAUCUAGAAGCCUUUCUCACUACAAGAAUAGUUUGAAUAGAAAUCAAUCUAAGAUUACAACUAAUGUUAAUAUGUCUCAUUAGUCCAUGUCACCAAAGACCAUUUAGGAUAGUCAAAUAACAGGAUUUUCAGGAAUGCUACCUGAUACUAAUAACUAAACAUUGAGUGGUCCUGCCCUUUAUAACAAUUAUAACUUACCUGUUUCUGGGAUAUAGCAAAAUCAAUACAACCCACUAUAAUAUAUUCCAUAAAUCGAUAUGGAGUAUGCUAAAAUUCAGAGGCGCAACACUCAUCAUGCAAAGAAGGCAAGCAGAGCUUUUGAAGAUAAAAAUGUUGAAGAUCUCCGAGUUCAAUUAGUACAGUCAAGAAGAAGUUCAAUCAUUCAGAGUGAAGUGCUUAGAACUUAUUAUCAGAUGCUUUUGGGCUUAUCUUAUAAAAUAAUGAAAGAAAUGGGCAUUAUUGAUCCAUCACAACUGCUAUUAUAACCCGAUGCUUACUAGCAACUAGAAAGUGAUGAUAAUCAAAUGAUAGAUACUACUUAAGAUUUAGCAUAAAAUUAGUAUGACUCAGCUAUUCAAAAUGCAUCGAGCGUGAAUGCUUUAAAUCUGGUUGAAAAUGGAUAAGGCAAUAAUACAAUCGAAAGAGAAACUAAAGAAAUCAUAAAUCAAAUUAAGAAGACAUAAGUUCAAAAUGUGCCUCAUAAGAAGAGGACGAUUAUAAGUGAGUAGUAUAUGAUGCACUAGGGCAGUUAGUAAGCACUAGAUAUCAUUUCCUAAAAUAAUUUGGAAAAACAUGUUAUCAAUAAUGACAAGGUAUUCCAGGAAUUAAAGGAGUAGAAGUAGAAAAUAAAACUGCUUAAAGCCAAACUCAGUAAGAAAAUCAAAGCAUAUAGGAAAAUUUCACUAUAAGUCGAUCCAUAGCUAGAAAAUGAAAAGCAAAUUCUGAAUAAAGCAUAUAAUCUAAUGGGUCAACUCAGGAAAAAGCUACUAACAAUGGAAAGAAAAUUUGAAAAUUCAAAGUUUUCACCCUCGAGAUAAAAUCUUUAAUUUUAGCUUAAUCAGUAAUCCUCUUAACUUGGUAGAGCCAAUACUUUUGCAAAACAGUCGACUUUAGAUAGAGCAAUUACAAAUAAUUAUGACAGAGGGGAAUUAUCUCCAAACAAUCAAAUAAAACUAAAGAACGGUUCAAUGAUUUCUCCCCUCAAAUUUAAUAAUCAAUUGAAUGGUGGUGGCUAAGAUGACUAGUAUAGGCAAUCAAGCUCUGAGAGACUAAGAGUAAAACAAGAAGCCCUUAUGAAUCUUCUCAAACCAGUUUCAAGUGUGCAUAAAAGACUCUCUUCGAAUUAAGCAAGCAAUCAUCAUAUUCAUCAGGAUCAAUAGAUAUUUAAAAAAGCAGCUACUUUAGCCUUAUAUGAUGAAAACUUUUCUAAGGACACAUCAUUCAAUCAAUCUCAUGGUAACCAGAACCCCUUGCCAAAAGAGGACAGUCUAAUGAUGAUGGAGGAAUAGGAGGAUGAAGAAGAUGACAGAGUCAACUAGGAGUCGAAACUCUCCAUCAAACACAACAAAGUUUAAAUAUAGGAUUUACAGGAUUUCCAUUUCUACAAGAAUAAGUAGGCUGACUAAAUAAAGGAAAAGCUACAAUUAUUUGAGCAGAGAGAGCUAUUUUCUGUCUAAUAGGAAAUUGAAAGAUUCAAAAUAGACAAUAAGAAAGCUAAGCUUGAUCUCUACAGAGCAUAGUAGAUGUACAUUAAGAAAUAUGGAUAAGAGUUCAUGUUUAAAAAUGAAUUCCACGCAAACGAAGAUCUUGAUGAUACUUACGAAAGAGAGAGAAACAACGGUAGAAACAAGAAGAAUAAGGGUCACGCCGACACUGUUCGUUGCACUAACUGCGGUAGAGUCGUCUCCAAGGACAAGGCCAUCAAGCGUUUCUAGCAGAGAAAUAUGGUGGAUGCCUCCUCAAAGAGAGAUAUCCAAGAAAACUACGCCUACGCUCAAGCAGACUUCCAGAUGCCUAAGAUUUACGUGAAGCUCUCAUAUUGCGUAUCUUGCGCCAUCCACGCCAGAAUUGUCAGAGUCAGAAGUGUUGUUGACAGAAAGCACAGAUACACAACCAAGCUCAGACAUCACGUCAGACCAGAGGCCCUUACUGGAAACGCCUCCCUUCCCCUCUCCGCUCUCCCAAGAAUUUGA